ACAAUAGCAAAUGCUCGCAUAUCAGUAAUGUAUGCUCACGACAGAACCAGUGAUAUAAUAGCAGAGCAAUGCUUCAACGAGAUGUAUCCGAAGUCGAAACGCGUGGAAAUCCAGGAGUCAGACGAACCUUGCUUAAUUUUCUGCGUACUAAAUAAGUUGGGCAUAAUAAAUUCAAAUGGAGUGAUCAAUUUAGAAGUUUAUAGAAAAAGAGUGAAAAUGGCUCACCAGUUAGACCAGAGGCGUUUAGUUGGAGAUUAUGGAAAUGCUUGCAUGGACACUGCAGAAGCAACUCAGCACAAACAAGAUGUUUGCAAAAAGGCAAAAGUAUUUAACGAUUGUACACACCUGUACAGAAUAAUACUGAAGUAA